UCUAUGUUGAGCUAUUGGGUCUGAAACCUGUUAUGUCUUGACUUAGUUUGUUAUUUUUUUCAAGCCACCAUAUUAGUCUAUUGUUGAUUAUGCUUUCCAGCAUUUUCCCUAUACAUGAGAUUCUGCUUAUGAAUCUAUAUGAUUUUUUAUCUGCUGGAUCUUUAUCCGGUUUUAAUAUCGGAUUUACAAGUGAUUUCUUGAAUUCUAUAGGAUAUUCUCCUUUUAUCCACAACUGAUUAUACAUGUUUAAAAUUUUUUCCAGUAGGUUAUUUGGGAUAUUUUUAUAAAAUUCAUAAGGGAUACUGUCUGGGCCACAAGCUUUAUUAUUUUUUGUCUUUUUUAUUACAGAAAUUAAUUCUUUUAAUGUUAUCUCCUUAUUUAAUCCGUUCGUACUUGGCAAUUCUAUUAAACUUUUAAAUUCUGAUUUUGUUAUUAAGCAUUUUGUUUUUGUGUUUAUUAUUCUUUGGAAUUCUUCUGUUAAGAGUUCUAAUUUCUUUUUUGUUUCUUGUACUGGCUGAUCAUUAUCUAUUAGCGGGUAAUUAUUUAUUCUAUUACUGCCUGAAAGUUUCUUAAUAAAAUUCCAUAUUUUUUUGGUUGGGGUUCUAAAAUCUAAUGAGUGGCAGAAAUUUGACCAACUUGUUCUUUUUUCCUUUUCUAUUGUAUCUCUUGUAUAGCUGUAUCUUGAAGUGCAAACUGAGGUGAAAACAAUGUUACCAGGGGCUGUUUGGGGGAGGAGCCUUCCAUCAACCCUCCCAUCUGACAGUACUGAAGGGCAAGAUCUCUAGAGAGAGGCAUGGGAACAUUAGCAAGAAUUUCAAGAAGGCUUCAUUAUAAUUGCAAGAAUUUCUUAUCUCCGCUGCAAGAAACCAGAAAGGAAGGAGUUCGUGUUGACAUCAAUGCAUCUUUAUCUACAACAAGCAGGAGGUUUGAUUCUCCUUCUGGAAAUGAUGAAACAGGAAAGCAGACCAAUCUCAGUAUUAAAAAGACACCAGAAACACCAUUGCUUAAGCAGUUACAAGCACGGAUAAAAUUCUCAGGUCCAUUGACAGUAUAUGAUUAUAUGAAAGAAGGGCUGAUAAACCCACUAAGUGGAUAUUAUGCAGCUGGCCAAGAUAUGUUUGGCAGUAAGGGAGAUUAUACGACAUCACCUGAAAUAUCACAGAUGUUUGGUGAGAUGGUUGGAGUGUGGAUAUAUAAUGAAUGGUACAAGUUGGGAUCAUUUAAGCCACUACAGUUGGUAGAACUUGGACCAGGCCGAGGAACUCUAAUGCAGGAUAUUCUCCGGGUCUUAGGACAAUUGGGUGUAAAAGGCAGAGAUCUAAGCAUACAUUUUGUGGAAGUGUCACCUGAACUUAGUCAAAGCCAAGAAGAAAGAUUAUGUGGAUCAUCCCAGCCUUACACUGAAACAAAUGAGAGCUAUUUCUACAAGAAAAACACGACAACUGGUGGCUCCCCUAUCUUCUGGUAUAGACACCUCAGCUCUGUUCCAAAACGCUUUUCAGUAUUUCUUGCACAUGAAUUCUUUGAUGUGUUGCCAGUCCACAUAUUACGCAGGACCAAGGAUGGUUGGCGAGAGCUCCUUGUUGAUGUAGAUGAAGGUGAUGGCCCACAUCAUUUGCGCUAUGUGCUGUCCAGAACUGAGACGCCUGCUUCAAAACUCUUUGUUGAGCCUGAAGAAACUCGAGAUGAAGUUGAAGUUUGUCCGGAUGCAGCAGUUUUGUGCAAGGAUGUAGCCAAGAGGAUAGAAGACAAUGGUGGAUUGGCUCUUAUCAUGGACUAUGGGCAUGAUGGAAAGCUCACAGAUACUUUUAGGGCUUUCAAAAACCACAAGCAACAUCACCCUCUCAGUGAGCCUGGUACAGCAGACCUGACAGCUGAUGUUGACUUUGCCUACCUCAAGAAGCAGGUGCAAGAGGAGCUGAUCACAUACGGUCCUGUGACCCAGUCCUUUUUCCUACAGAACAUGGGUAUUGAGGUUCGACUGGCGAAUUUAUUAAAGAAUACCAAGCCUGAAGAACAGAAGAAUCUGAUCUCGGGAUACAAGAUGCUAACAGACCGCCAUCAGAUGGGCGAAAGGUUUAAAUUUCUUGCUUUCUUCCCAGGUGUUGUAAAGGAUUUCCUGUUAAAGUAUCCACCAGCCGGUUUCUAUAGAGAUUUUGAUGAAAGAUAAACCAAAUUUACCUUUUUUCUUUUCCAAGUGAAACAAGUGGUAGAUAUGUAUAUAAGUUGAAUAAAGUUUUUUUUUGAAUGAC